GUCAUGUGCGUCGAUUGCGGAAAUCAUGUCGGUGUUGUUCUUCAACACGAUGCGGUAUAAACUCUCUGCUCCGCGCGAUGCUUCCUCGGAUCGGUUCAUCCUGUCGAAGGGCCACGCUGCGCCGAUCCUGUACGCGGCGUGGGCCGAGGCGGGUUUGUUCCCGGUGGAGGAUCUGAUGAACCUGCGCAAGAUCGACUCGGAUCUCGAAGGCCAUCCAACGCCCAGGCUGAACUUUAUCGACGUCGGCACCGGUUCGCUCGGUCAAGGUGUAGCCGUUGCGUGCGGUAUGGCAUAUGUAGGCAAGAACAUCGAUAAGGCCGAUUAUCGUACGUACGUGGUCGUCGGUGACGGUGAGUCGGCCGAAGGUUCGAUCUGGGAAUCGUUACACUUUGCCGGUUACUACAAGCUGAACAACCUGUGCGUCAUCUUCGACGUGAACCGGUUGGGACAGUCGGAGGCGACCUCGCUGCAGCAUCAGAUGGAAGUGUACCGUAAGCGUUUGGACGCAUUCGGCUUCAACGCCAUUGUCGUCGAUGGACACGACGUGGAGGAACUUUGCAAAGCGUUCUUUGAGGCUGCCUCGACAACCGAUCGUCCCACCGCGAUCAUUGCCAAAACGUUCAAGGGCAAACACUUCCCCAACAUUGAAGAUCUGGAGAACUGGCACGGAAAGCCGUUGGGUGAUGUUGCCGCCGAUGUUGUGGCGCAUCUGCAAAAAUUGAUUCGUAACCCGGGCCCAAUUGCUCUUGCACCACCAUCGCCACAAAAGGAGAACGCUCCAAAGGUGAGCAUUAAGGGUAUCGAACUUGCCACACCGCCCGCAUAUCAAAUGGGUGAACAGAUCGCCACUCGCCUGGCGUACGGUACGGCACUGGCCAAAAUCGCGAUGAACAAUGAUCGCGUUAUUGCGCUGGACGGUGACACGAAGAACUCUACCUACUCGGACAAGCUGCGCAAAGCGUUCCCGGAGCGCUUCAUCGAAUGUUUCAUUGCGGAGCAAAAUCUCGUCGGUGUUGCAAUUGGUGCGGCUUGCCGUGACCGUACCGUCGCGUUCGUGUCCACGUUUGCGACCUUUUUCACGCGUGCCUUCGACCAGAUUCGCAUGGGUGCGAUCUCGCAGACGAAUGUUAACUUUGUCGGUUCACACUGUGGUGUAAGUAUCGGCGAGGAUGGACCGAGCCAGAUGGGGUUGGAAGACAUUGCCAUGUUCCGCACGAUCCCCGGCAGUACCGUGUUCUAUCCGGCCGAUGCAGUCAGUACGGAGCGAGCGGUCGAAAUGGCUGCCAAUACUCCGGGUGUAUGUUUCAUCCGCACAUCGCGUCCCAACACUGCCGUUAUCUACGAGAACAAUGAGAAAUUUGAGAUUGGAAAAUGCAAGGUCGUGAAGCAGAGUGCAAACGAUUCUGUAUUGCUCAUCGGUGCCGGUAUUACACUGUACGAAGCACUGAAGGCGGCCGAAGAGCUUGAGAAGAGCGGUAUUCACUGUCGCGUGAUUGAUCCAUUCACUGUCAAACCCUUGGACAACGAAGGAAUCAUCCUGCAUGGUGCCCAGUGUGGUGGACGCGUCGUUGUUGUAGAGGAUCACUACAAGCAAGGUGGUCUAGGAGAAGCGGUAUUGUCCGCGCUUGCAGAACAGAGGAAUUUUGUCGUGAAGCAUCUUGGCGUGGAUAAGCUGCCUCGUUCCGGUCCGCCUUCCGUGCUCGUGGAUAUGUUUGGCGUUUCGGCACGUUCCGUUGCAGCCGCAGUACAAGACAUCAUUAAGAUGUAA